AUGAAUCGUUCUAAAAAGGUGGACGACGAACCAUCUUCUGGCGAUAAAGUGCCUUUGGCGUUUAGAGAUGAGUUUUUGAAUAAUGCUGGAAGUAGUGAUUCGUUAGGAGGCUCUUAUAGAAUAUAUAAUUCUAAGUCUAGGAUGGAUCAUAGUGAUAAUUCAAUUGAACUAGGUAACAAUAAUUACGUGUCAGAUGAAACAGCUUUUAGGCAUCCUUACGGUGGUUGGGAUAAUUUCCUCACUAAACCGAAACAAAUUUCGAAUAGUAGCGCCGAAUAUGAGUUAGACACCUUGGGUAAUUCAUCGAGUCACUUAAAUCAAGAUCAUAGCAGACUGGAAUUGAAUCCGUUCGAAGACCACCCCAGAUACCAAGAGGCUCUGCAAAACCCUUUUGACAGCUCUAACCAUCCCCUUCCAGAAUAUGCGCCAUUUGAAUCAGAAAUAAGCCAUAAGGAUGAACUUGACAACGAGCAAAAAAAAAUUAGAAGAAAUGAAAGAGCGAGGUUAAGACAAUUGAGACUGAAACCUCGUUUUCAUUAUACAAAGUUACCUUACUUGACUAUUCUUUUGACGACUAUUCAAAUAGUUGUCUUUAUCGUUGAAUUGGCUAGAAUGUCGAUUUUGACUGGAUCUGCAUUCCAGACUAAGCCUUACUUCAAUCCUAUGUUGGGCCCUUCCACAUAUUUGUUGAUAAACAUGGGUGCUCGUUAUGUACCUUGUAUGGCAAAGAUCAAAGAGAUUACUGAUGAUUUGUCAAUUAACUUUCCUUGUGCGAAUUCAACUACGACCGCAUCUGAAGUAUGUUCUUUGAGCGAGUUAUGUGGUAUGAGUGGUGUACCAGUAAAAGGUGAUGAGUAUCUACCUGACCAGUGGUAUAGGAUUAUAACUCCAAUUUUUUUACAUGCGGGAUUCUUACAUAUCAUUUUCAAUCUCUUAUUACAAGUUACCAUGGGAUGGGUAAUAGAACAGAAUAUCGGAUCGAUAAAGUUUUUCAUAAUUUACAUGCUGAGUGGCAUUGCAGGUUUUCUUCUAGGAUCAAAUUUUGCUCCUGAUGGAAUUGCGUCGACAGGAGCCUCUGGCUCGUUAUUUGGAAUAGUUGCCACCAAUAUUAUGAUGUUCAUCUAUUGCGGUAGGAAGAAUACAAACAUAUAUGGGACAAAACAUUUUAAGUCCUUCAUCUUCAUUAUGCUAUGUGAAAUUAUAGUAUCAUUCGUUCUCGGUCUUUUACCAGGUCUAGAUAACUUCAGUCAUAUAGGGGGUUUUGCCAUGGGGCUUUUAAUGGGUGUCGUCCUCCUUCCAGAUCCGUUCUUCAUUUAUGGUGAUGGCAUUUUUAUAUACAAUGGCCAUGAUAGUACUCUUCAGCGAUUUAUAAAUAAUUGGAAUCCGUUUCACAAUUACGAGGAAAAAGUUCCAUGGAGAUUUUUUGUAUGGUGUGGUGCCCGAGUAGUUUGUUUGGUAUUAGCAAUUCUAUAUUAUGUCUUGUUGGCCAAAAAUUUCUUUAACAACACCGGAGAGCCAAGUCAAGACAAAUGCAAAUGGUGCAAGUAUAUUAACUGUAUUCCAGUUCAUGGAUGGUGUGACAUAGGCGAGGUGUCAGUCGAAAGUGAAAAUACCUCAUCAAGUAACAAUAAAAGAUCUUUAGACAUUCUAGAGCCGUUUUCCAAUCUACAGUCACGGUCUUCAGUGGCUGGUCAUCUUGGCCCAGGCCAUGAAAUGGGAGCUGGCAUAUACAUACUAUUAGGACUCAUGACUCUAUCAUUUUUCAAGAAAAAGAAAAUCAUCUAG